GCGUGGAAUGUGGACCGCAAGUGGAACCUAAUCAGACGCAUGUUGUGUUGUGUACAAAAAGAAACGUCAAACUAAAGUCGAGCGAACCAAACGAUACGGCCAAGAAAUAAUCAAAUCCACUGGAAACCCACAAGGAUCAAGCACAGGACAUACGAUUGCUCAGCAGAGAGAGUGGCGCACUCGUAGCGAACCGCUACCCUAAGAAGCGGCGGCCCCAAAAAACUCGCCCACAAGAGAAUCCACCAAAAAAAACCCACUCGCACACACACUCACACACGAACACACGCGCAGCCAAGGAGCAAAAGAAGAGUUGCGCCAGAAGAAGAAGCAGCAGCAACUAGAAUCUAGUAGUGCAACCACCCCGGAUCCACAGGUUCUUGUUCCAGCGGUUUGGAGCAGUGCCACAGGAACAGCCAAGGAGUCACCAGAAGACCACCAGCAGAAGAUCACCAGGCAAGCAGCACAUUCAGGAUCAUUGCCAGGAUGAGCAUGGAGAAAGUAGCGAGCAAGCAGUACGAGUCGAAAAUCUGGCCAGAUCUCGUCGACAGCGACGACAGCGAUGUGGAGAACGAGAUAGAUGUGGACAAGCUGCCGCCACUGGAAGUGGGUCCCGGCGAGAACCGUCUGCAGCACACAUACUGCCUGUGGUUCUCCCGCAAGGGGACGCAGCGGGCGGCCUCCGACUACAGCAAGUCGCUGCACGUGGUCGGCCGGUGCGCCAGCGUGCAGCAGUGGUGGUCGCUCUACUCGCACCUCAUCCGGCCUACCGCCCUGAAACCCUACCGGGAGCUCAGCCUGUUCAAGCAGGGCAUCAAGCCGAUGUGGGAGGACCCCGCGAAUAGCAAGGGCGGCCAGUGGGUGAUACGGCUGCGCAAGAACAAGAUCGAGCGCGCCUGGGAGAACGUCUGCAUGGCGAUGCUCGGAGAGCAGUUCCUCGUCGGCGACGAGAUAUGCGGCAUCGUACUACAGACGAAAUAUCCGGAGGAUAGCUUAUCAGUAUGGAACCGGACUGCCACUGAUAUGACCAGUACAACACGUAUCCGUGAUACGUUACGCAGGAUAUUAAAUAUACCUCUAACAACGGCAAUGGAGUAUAAGAUACACUGUGAUAGCCUUAAAUAUGUUUCAAUUAAUAAAGGCCCAUUGAAAAGCUGAAAUUCAGUGAAUAACUAUAAACAAAAGAAAAACAAAAACAAUAAUUACACAAACAGAUAAUAUAAGUCGCUAGUGAAAGCAGCAACAGUCACAAGUUCAUCGACAGCACAGACAAGAGUUACACCAACAGUUAGCACAAGGAACCAUCGUGGACACACUAGAACUUCAGCCUCAUCGGAACCGAACCCACAGCCUCGACAGCCAGCCGCAUCAACAACGAGGGCAGGAUGGGCUCCGAGCUCAGCCUCAGCCGCCCUAGAACCCAAUCAUUAAACCCAUAGCAAGGCAAAUUAAUAUUUAAGCGCUAAUGAGACAAAUCUUUGUAUUUUAAACGAGUUUACAAAGUGUGUGUAUAUAUGAAACGCCAUAAAUAUUUUAGUUUGUAUGUAUAAAGUUUACAUUAGGCAUUCCCAAGAAAAUCAAAGUCCCUAACUGCCUGAUACUAAAGCCUCUAGUCUGGCUAUUAUAGUUUAUUUUGUAUUCAUUUACCAAACCUUAUCUUAAUCUCCCCAAAACGAUUGGACCACCUCUCCCACAAUCGUGCCCUUGUAUUGUAGCCUUAUCGAUUAUCGCCAUAGCCGGCAGGCAGCCAACACACAAGAUAAUGAAUCAAUGAAACUGACACACUUACUAGCCGAUACUGUAUUUAUCUGUUUGAAAUGAUUAUUUUAAAUUAAUGAUACACACCGAAACUGAAUAAUCAAAUUGUUUGUUUUUGUUCUUGAAGAAAUACAAAAAGUUUUUUACGUGAAGAAAAAAAGAGAAAAACUAAAAAUUGAAAAAACCCAGUUGUUUUACAUAUACCAAAAACAGUUGAAACCUACUCACACAUCCGAAUUUUAUUCCUCCCGUAAACUUUCUCCGGUACAGUACAACCAACGCAAGC